AAAAAAUCUCGCGAACAAGGAAGGCAAUGCAAAAGCGGUCCGCGGCCAAGGCGCAGUCGGCGCCACGGACGUCUACAGCUCCCAAGCCACCAUCAUCGCGCCCAAGGAUUCGACCGCAAUGGAAUGAGUACUUGACGGAUUCGUCAACAUACCAGCUGAACCAAGACCAACGCCUCCAAAAACGCAUUCAAUUGCUCACAAAGAUCCCGACCGAAAUUCCUGCACCGCGACAUCAACCUUCAGUUCCCCAUGGAAAAUCGAAACAACACAACACAUCUGUGCUUCAGCCUUCUCGAAAAAUGCCCGAGCCCCGAGCACACACCACGGCAAAUCAAGGCAGGCCAUCUGGUCCUGCCAUUCCACGCGUGAACUUUGACGAUGAACUCCGAGCUUUUGCCGCGAACUCGACUUCGUCCACAACAAUCACUGCGGCCGAGAAACAAAAGCAACGUCUUCAGAACGAACUUGACCGAAUGGACGUCAUGUUGGCGUCGCUCGAACAGCAGGCAGAUGAUAUCAGUGGCGUCAUGGAACCAAUCAGCCGAGACUCCAACGAAUCAAUGAGCCCAGACAACAACGCGAUUGACCUGACCGAUACGACGAUUCAUCUCCAAGACGAUAGCAUCCUUGCUUCGUCAGCCCCGGCACCAGCGCCUCCCUCGUCGACCAUCGACUCUGACGUGGUCGGCCUGAUACACGACCUUUACGCGCAACUGCAUGUGGAGCGCCAGGCGCGGGAGCGUCAAGAGACUGAGAUUCGCCAGUUGCAUGAGACCUUGCAAAACUUGGUUCAAUCAAAUUCAGGUCUCCGUGAUGAUUUUAAUCGCGCUGUCAAGCACAUUGUGAAGCUCAAAGCUGUCGUUGUGAACCUUCGUCAUACAGUUCACGACCUGGAAGACACUAUUGCCAACGGUGUGUCAAGUACCUUGCCGGUCGCUCCUUCGACGCCAAUGCCACCAUUACCAAGUCCAGGCCAUCACGUUGCUGUGCCAAGUAACUCAGUACAAGGCGCGACACCGUCCCCACAGCCAUCGUCUCAACACUAUAUACCGCAUCCAUCACACAUAGAGUUUCCGAACAGGCGGAUCCAUUCUGUGCUGGAUACCAUGGCAUCCCACACAAAGGGGGAUAUCCCUGGGCGACCCUUCUUGAAUGACAACCAAGACACCAACGAUUCUCCGCCAAAUUUAGUUGUCAACCAUGCCGACGGUGGAGUUUGGCAAGAAGUGCUGAACGAUGCGAAACACGCAGGACACCACGGUCGGUUCCACUCGCAUUCCAAGAUGUUGAAGGCAAGUACUCGAGUCGAGCCAUCCCUUAAUACGCACCGCCGCCACGACGAAAUCGAGAAACCCGAGGUCGGCGACACUCGGCUUCGUGAAUCUGUAUCGAUUCGACAUGCAAUAAGGUCAUAAUGCAGGUAUAUGUCGCAGUGCGUGC